AACGACGAAGCGGCGAAAACAACAACGAACGUGUUGGGGGAUCGUAACGUCAACGUCGAGUGGCAACAGCAACAACAGCGUCACGUCGCACCUUGCGCGCGCGCGCAAUAACAACCCCCAAGGAGGAGGAGCAGCACCCAGUUCAAUACAAAACCCCAAAUUGCAACAACAACAACAACAGCAACAAGCAGAGAGAUUGCGACAAGCAGCAGCAGCAGCAGCUGGAGCAACAACAGAUCGCCAGCCUAUCCCCCCGCCUCCCGCCACACAGACAACUUUCACCACACAAUGUCCAGCAGUGGCGGCGGCGCCACCACCACCACCAGCACAACCAACACAACAGCGCAGCAAUACAAACUUGACGCCAAUUCCAAUGCCAUAGCGCUGAUUGGGGACGCUGCUGCGCCGCCAGCGUCGCCGUCACCAGCCGACCGCAUUGAAUGGUCACGCGCCACAAUUUUAGGCUUCAUCGAGGAUUAUCGUUGCCAGCGCGUGCUCUGGGAUCCCAACACCAAGGGCUAUCACAUCAAACAGACCAAAUACGAGGCACUUAAGCUGCUUAGCCAGAAAUAUGGCACCGAAAUACGCUCAAUUCGCUCCAAAAUCAAAUCGCUGCGCUCCUCGUUUCACCGUGAGCAUGGCAAGGUGCUAAGUGGACGCAAUCGGGGUGUGCUUUAUCAGCCCAUGUGGUUUGCCUACGAGGCCAUACGCUUUAUAUUGGAUGGGGAGCGUGACGCUGACGCUGUGCAUGCCGCUGCUGCCGCUGCCGCUGCAUUGGAUGCCAGCAACGUUGACGGCGAGCUGGCAGAGGCGCCAGUUGUAGCCAAAUCGGAAGCAGUUGAUAAGUUGACACUGAUGCAUAGCCUAGAUUUGGAACAGCUGACUGCCGUGAGCAAACAACAGGUGGAGCAGCAGCAGCAGCAGCAGCAACAACAACAAGAAGAGAAGUUUUUCGCUGCACGCGUCGCUGCAGUUGUAGCUGCAGCAGCGGCGGCGGCAGCAGCUGCGAAUCAUAAUAAUCUGGACACCGAUGCAGUUAACUCGGCUGCCAACACGAAUGGAUGCGGAGGCGGUGGCGGUGGCGGCGGCGGCGGUGGCUGCGGCAAUGGCGGCAUUAGUGACGACGCUGACGACGACGCAACAGCAGCCAGCGUACACACUUCAGGCGUCGUUUCAGCUGCUUUGACACGUUCCUCUUCCGAUUUGGAUGGUGAGAAUUAUUGCAGCAUUAGUGCCGAAGAUGUCAAAACAGAAAUUAUCGAGCAUGAAACAGAGCUAAGCAUGCUCGAUCGUCAGACCAGCACGCCGCUCUCUCUGAGCUACUAUAAACCCACCGAUCUGACAUAUAAUAAUCGCAAGCGUAAGGCGCCGCUGGAUGAGAAUGAUGUCAGCGAUAUGGCGAAUGGUGUGGGUGUUGGCAUAGUCGGGGGCGUGGUCGGUGCACUAACAUUGACGCCCAUUAAAUCUACAACGCAGUUGCAAGUUCAAACGCAGUCGACGUCGCUGCAGCAGCAGCAGCAGCAACAAUUGAACCACACUCAGAUCGCAUUUCAUGCGCUGCAGCAGCAUUUUAACCACAAUCUCAGCCACAGCAGCCAUAACGGCAAUGGGCAACCACAUCAACAGCAGCAGCAGCAGCUACACCACCAGCAGCAACAGCAGCAGCAACAACAACAACAUUCCAAUAACAUGGCACAAAAACGUGAUCGUGAUCGUGAUCUCUCCAGCUCGCCAACAGGGCCCACUAAUCUAAACACUAACAACAACAACAACAACAGCAGCAGCAAUGGCAACAAUCAUUUGUCGAGCACAUCCUUGGAGCUGCAUGCGCUCAGCAGCAGCAGCAGCGGCAACUCCAGCAUGUCCCUUAAGCCCAACAACAAUCUGAGUGCCAAUCAUGUGGAUGAGUAUGGCGUGUUUGGUGAGUAUGUGGCCAUCACCAUACGCAAACUGAAGACAGCCAAGUCGAAAAUUGUGGUCAAGCAUUUGAUCAACAAUCUGCUGUAUGAGGCGGAGCUUGGUAAAUAUGAUCAGGGCAUGCCGGCGUCCAAGGAGCCGCCACAACUAUAUAAAAUGCAAUAGCUCUUAAUUAGACUAAAUUCGAGGGCGGCUUGUAGUUAAGGAUAAACCAGCAGGAUAUGUAAUACUGGGCAUUAUCCCUUAGAGUAUGAGAAAGCGAGAGAGCGAGAACGCACUAGUCAGCAGCCAACAACAAUUCUAAGAUUCUGUGGGCGGGAUAUUAAGGUGAGAGGGUAGUGGGGGGGUUUUAAGCCAAGAGAGCAUUUCAUUCAGGGACAAAGACCAUUUACAUAAGUACUUUAUUAAAAAAACAAUAACAAUAUAACAAUAAUAUGUAUAACAGUUAGUCAAAACAGUCAGUCAAGCACAAUAAAGCGGCUAAGAGCAACAGCAUAAAAUAUCAAUUUAACUGAAUAUAUAAUAUAUAU